AUGGCUUGGACUGGGAGGCCUUCAUCAGGCCUGCCUCCAGCUCUCCAGGGGGUCCCCACCGUCCUGCCACUGAGUCCCCAAAUCCUCUCCAUAGAAGCGUCCCACCUCCCCCACCGUCUCCCGGAGACUUCCCGAGCCCAAUCGCCCCCUCCCACCCCAACACCUAUUCACCCCCGGACCCCCCCAUCCCCCCCCCACCCCCGCGCCCACUGCUGCCGGCGGAAGUUCUCUACUCCGUCCUCGGGGCCGAGCGGGGGGGGGGGCUCCUCACCCCUCCCGGCAGCUCACCCUCCUCGGGGUGGGGCUCAGGGUGCUUCCCCGCCAACCCGCUGCCCCGGGGAGCUCUGCGGCCCCAACCAGGGACACAGCGCCCCCGGGCCCUUGCACGCCCGCGGCCCGGGGGUCCACGACCACCCCCAGCCUCCGCCAGGGCCUCCCGGGGGCGGGGGCAGGUCCCACGGUGUCCCGGUGUCCCCGGCCUCCCCGGCCUCCCCGGCCCGCACCGCUCGCCGCAGACAAAGGCCGCCCCCGCCCCGCGCCACGCAAGCACUCACCGCCCGGCUCUCGGCACGCGGGGGCACCGGGGGCACCGGGGCGCCGGGGCACCGGGGGCGCCGGGGGCGCGGGACACCCGGACGCGGCGGUGCGACUGGCCGCCGCCGCCAGGCCGGGCCCGAGUGGGGGUCGGGGGCGGCCCCGCCAGGCCGAGGGGCGGGGCGGGCCGAGGAAGCCGCGGGCCCGGAAAGGCCGCCGGGCUGCGCCCCAGAGGCGGGAUCGGCCCCGCGGCGCGGCCCCCGGCGGAGGCCUGAGCCCGCCCGGACCCCGCCCCAACCCCGGAGCUACCGCGGAGCAGCCCCGGACUCCGGCGGGGGGGGGGGGGUGGCGCUCGGCUCGGGCCCAUCCCCACCCCUGACCCCCGAGCAGACCCCGGGGUGGGGGGAGGGGGCGCUCGGCUCGGGCCCAUCCCCACCCCUGACCCCGGAGCGGAUCCCAGGGUUGGGGGGGCCCCCCUCCCCGCUCUGCUCGAGCCCAUCCCCACCCCUGACCCCGGAGUAG